AUGGCGUCCUUCGCACCGCACGCGGGUGAUCGCGACGAGGGCGGCCCUGCAUUUCACCCUCCGUCGAUGGACAUGCACGAGGACAAUGAGCGCCGUGAUUCCAGCCCUGCCGAGGUGCCGCGCGGAGCGCACCAAGACCCGAUGCGCGUGAGCUCGAUGAUCUCCACCGAUGCAACCGAUCUGCCGAGGGAGGUAUACCCCCGCACGCACGACGCGCCGCGGCCGGCCGCCGAGAUGGACCGAAUUGGACCAUCAGGGCCUCCGCCAUUGCGCCCUCCCCCGCAGUGGGAGUACGCGGCGCAGGAGCGCGGCCCUUGGCGUCCUCCGCUGCCCCCGUCGCCCAGCGCGCUCCCCCGCCGCGACAUGCCGUCGCCGCCGAGCAUGCCACGCUACGACAGUGAGCGGCGCCCGAUGCCGACGCCGCCGCCGCGGCUGCCGCAGCACCGCUCGCCCGAGUACGAGCCGACGUUCCGGGGAUACGAGCGUCCAGACGAACGCCGUCCGCCCAUCUCGCCUGUGCGUGACGAGUACGAAUACGUACGGGGACCGCAGCCGGACAUGCGCGCGCCGCCGCGCCCGCCGGUGCCGGUCUACGAGCCUGUGCACAGCUCGUUUUCGCGGCCGCACGCCUCGCCGCCAGUCGAAGCGUCGGUGCCGCAUGUGCACCAUUAUCCUCCUACUGAUCUGCGUGACGAGAGUGCGGAGCAUGCGCAACGUGCGCCCGUGCCCCACCACCAUGUCGUGCCGCACCACCACCACCAUGUGCCGCACCACCACCACCACCACCAUCACCACCACCACCACCACAGUGGUGCGGCCGUGCCGGAUACGCCUGUCCCUCCAAAAGGCGUGCCGUGGCAGGAACAGACGCCUGCGCCGAUUUCCGACGUGCGUACGUCGCCGCCCGGCUCGCCCGAGGCGGGCCCUGCCGUGUCGUCGCUCGAGACCAAGCUGCGCGAGCUCGCGUCGGGGCCGCGUGUGGACAGCGAGCCGGUGUGGGAGUAUUUGGAUCGCUGUGAGCAGAUGGAAGAGUACGAGCGCAAGCAGCAAAAAGAGCACCAUGCCGACGAGGAGCGCGAGCGCCAGGAGCCGACGGCCCUGCCCGGCUCGUCGCUCGCGGCCGUGCCGCCUGUAGAGGCGUCGUCCGUCCCGGAUCCGCGGAUCCUGCUUGGCUUUGGCCUCGGCCUCGACCGCGGGCGCGCGGUGCGCCACCUCGGCUCGUACGUCUACGACCCGAACCAGGUGGCGUGCCUUCCCGCCGAGGUGCUCGUGAGCAACGUCGGCGCGACGGUCGAGGUGCGCAUUAGCGGCCGCGCGAUCGGCCUCGGGAUCACAGAGGACGAAUGGCGUGCUGAAGAGGCGCAGCACCAGGCGGCGGUCCUCGAGCGCAUCGAGCAGAAAGCAAGCGACGGCAUCCCGCCGAGCCUCGAGUCGCUCGCGCUCGACGCACAGGACUCUACGGCCAAGCCGUCGGCCGCCCUGCCGGGCCGCUGGCGGCUCGGUUGGCGGGGCAAUGAGCACGCACGCAUGAACCGCGAGAUCCGUAUCGCGAACAUCUGGAACGAGUUCCGUCUUAAGGAGCAGACGAACAAGCGCAUGAAACGCUCGCACACCGACUCGCUCGCGUCGGCCUUGUCGCAGAAGCCGCGCAAAGCGCCCGCCUCGAGCAAUGCGGCGGACCCGGAGGAGAGCGCGUGGCAGUUCUGGUCGCAGCACAGCCUUGCGCGCCGGAAGCUAUGGGGCACGGACGUGUAUACGGACGACUCGGACGUGCUUGCAAUGUGCGUACACGCAGGCUGGAUCGAAGCGCCGCGUAUUCCCAAUGUGCCUGAAUGGCUCGGCGGCGGCGGUAUGAGCGGCGUGUCGCGCGCCUGGGCCGACCUGUCGCAGCGUCAGGAGCAGGCCGUCGGCGGUGCGCCGCCGCGGCCGGCGGCGGCGGCGCAGGGGCGCUCGUCGCUUACGUGCGACCUGUCCGUGACGCUGCGCAUUGCGCCGAAGCUGAUCCUGUACAAGGGCUGCCACCGCGGCGGCAUCCAGAGCCGCAGCUGGGGAAAUACGCACGACGGCGUCAGCCUCGUGGUCGAGAGCGUGGAGUUGCGGCCGUCGGGGUACGCCGCAGGCCCAAGCCGCAAGUCGGCCAAGGCGCGCAUGGCGCACAUGGCGGCGCUGCGGAAAGAGGCAUGCAAGGUGCCGGUCCCGCCGUCGCUGGCGCGCGUAUCCAAGGACGAGGACAAGGAGCCGAAGCUGGCUUUGCCGAGCCUCGCGCAGAAAAAGCAUGCUGGAGAGCGCACGUUUUGGCAGGUAGAUACGCGCAUGAGCUAG